AGCGCAUAUCUCGUUCUGUUAAAACAGGGCACACAACAACAGCAGCGGGCAACUUUCAAAAUCAAGUGUGAAGCCUUCCAUGUCUGAACCCAAGUCCACAGAGUCCCCAGGUUCUGGCUGUAGUGUUCCAGCCCAGAGAACCUCAAAGCAGGGUCCCCAGAGAUGGUCUCAGUGAAGCUGGAGGACUGCAGUCAAACACUGGAACUUAAUGUGAUUGUCAAAGAGGAAUGGGAGGAGAGAGAAGUCAAAGAGGAGGUGGAGAACAGGGAAGUGUCUGCUCCAGACCUAGAGGAGGAGGUAGCCGUAGAUAGUAUCACUGACCCAGGAGAGAUCUCCAACCCAGGUUCAGACAGUGAGCCCAGUUCCACAGCAUCAGGAAACCAUAAACACAGACAGAGGAACUCAAGACAGAAACAUCACCACUGCAUGGACUGCUUCACUUGUUUCUAUGAUCCAGAGGAGUUGAGAAGGCACACUUGUAGGCCCCGCCCCUGCUCAGAUUGCAGAGACAGUUUUAUUUGUCCAACUCACCUCAAAUCACACCAACAGACUCUCAAAACAAAGAAGCCUUACAGGUGUGGUCAAUGUGGCAAGAGAUUUCAGACCCCAAGCAUAUUGAAGACACACCAGCUUACUCACACAGGAAAGAAGCCUUUCCACUGCUCCCAGUGUGGGAAGACUUUCGAUUCGUCAUUACAUUUGAAGAGACACCAUAAAAUACACACAGGAGAGAAGCCUUUCCAUUGCGCCAAAUGUGGGAAGAGUUUCAGUGAUGAAGGAAAUCGUAAUAAACAUCAGAGAAUACACACAGGAGAGAAGCCUCAUCAAUGCUCUGAAUGCAGGAAGAGUUUCAAUCAGUUAUCACAUUUAAAGGCACACCAACAAACUCACACAGGAGACAAUCUUUUUCACUGUUCUCCGUGUGGGAAGGGUUUCAGUCUGUCAUCUAAUCUGAAGAGGCACCAGCUAAUGCACAACGAGAAGCCUUACCACUGCUCUCAUUGUAGGAACAGUUUUAAGUUGGAAGGAUGCCUUCAGAGUCAUCAGAGAAUACAAAGUGGAGAGAAGCCCCACUGUUCCCAAUGCGGUAAAAUCUUCAAUCAAGCAGGAGACCUAAAGACACAUCAGAGAGUACACAGUGGCGAGAAGCCCUACCACUGCUCCCAAUGUGGGAAGUGCUUUAGUCGGGCAGGACGGUUAAAUGAACACCAGAAAUAUCACACCGGAGAGAAGCCAUACCGCUGUGAUCAGUAUGGGAAGAGUUUCCAUCAGGUGGCAGAGAAAAGCAGAGCACCAGUGUGGGACCAUUACAUUGAAUUGGCACCAGGGAAAGCAAGGUGUCUUAUUUGUGAUAAAGAUAUAAGCAUGGGGUCAGCAAUGGCUAAAUCCAAAAAUACCACUAACCUGUGGAAUCACCUUAAGAACAUCCACCCAAACGCCCAUAAGGAAGCAAUGAUGAAAAAAGCAAACGCAAAUUCUUCACAAGGAAAAAGUGAUUCAGACACAUCACAGGCUACACUCUUGCAACUUUUUCAUAAACAAGCAAAAUGGCAGGACAAAGACGCAAAAUGGCAGGACAAAGACUCAAAAUGGCAGGACAAAGACUCAAAAUGGCAGGACAAAGACUCAAAAUGGCAGGACAAAGACUCAAAAUGGCAGGACAAAGACUCAAAAUGGCAGGACAAAGACUCAAAAUGGCAGGACAAAGACUCAAAAUGGCAGGACAAAGACCCAAAAUGGCAGGACAAAGACCCAAAAUGGCAGGACAAAGACCCAAAAUGGCAGGACAAAGACCCAAAAUGGCAGGACAAAGACCCAAAAUGGCAGGACAAAGAUCCAAAAUGGCAGGACAUAGACCCAAGGGCCAAGAAGAUGGAUGAAGCAAUUAUUGAGAUGAUUGCCACUGACAACCAGCCAUUCACUUUGGUGUCUGACGUUGGUUUUCAGCGGCUGAUUACUCUUGCUGAACCCCUGUACAGGAUCAAAGAUGAAACAUUCUUUGGCACAGAAAUGCUAGAUAAAACACAUGAAAGAGUUGUGAUGAAAGUGAAGAAUCUGGUGGCACCAGGGAACGCUCCACACAUGGCAUUCACAACGGACUGCUGGUCAGGCACUACAGAGUCCCUGGUGAGCCUUACUGGACAUUUCAUUGACGAUGUCUGGACAAGAAAGCAGGUUGUGCUGAAUGUCAAGACUAUGACUGGAUCACAUGCAGGAAACGACAUCAGAGAGAUGUUUUUGACCACGUUGGAAUACUGGGAAAUCCACACAGAACGUGUAGUGCUGGUCCUCAGGGACAGUGGGCCAAACAUGGUGAAAGGUGUGAGACUGGCAGAGCCUCCAGACUUCAGCUGCAGUGCACACACCCUACAGCUUGUAAUCAACGACGGCCUAUCCUGUCAGAGAGCUGUGCUAAACAUUAUUGCCAUGCUGGAGAGCUGUGCAACUCACUUUGACCACUCUGUACUGGCCAAACAGAGGCUGAGGGCCAUUCAGGAAGAGCUUGGCCUUCCCAAACACAGCAUCAUCCAAGCAGUUCAAACUCGCUGGAUCUCAACACUACACAUGUUGCAGAGGAUGUUUGAACAGAAGCGUGCACUGAAUGCGUAUGCAGGUGAAUACGGACACAUCAGCGGUCUGUCUGCUGCACAGUGGGACAUGGUCUCUAACCUAAUUGAGACUCUGGCACCUAUGGAGGAGGUGACCGUGGAGAUGAGCCACUCCAACUCGACAGCAGCAUGCAUCAUCCCCAGUGUGUCGGUGCUGAAGCUGAUGCUGCAGCAGGAGGGUUCUUCUACUCAAGGCAUCAACACUUUACGGAAGACCAUGUUGGACAGUCUGACAAGGAGGUUCUCCAAGGCUGAGGAGACAAAGUGCCUGGUGCUGGCAACUGUCCUGGAUCCACGUUACAAGAGUUAUGCCUUCAGCUCAGGGACAACACCAGAGAAAGCAACAGAGUGGCUGAAGGAGGAGUCUGAGCUACUAAGGAAACCAAAUCCCAGAGCCACAGCAGAAAGGACAAGUGAAGAGGAGGACACAGAUCCAGGUGCAAAACGGCAAAGAGUCCAGGUAGAUCAGCCACCCAGUCUGGUGGACAGCCUCUACGCUAGAAUCCUUGGUAGCCAACAGGGCAGGGCUGGAGUCCAGGGCAGUUUUGACAUUGAGUUGGAGCGUUACCUCACAGAGCCUGUCAUUGACAGAAAGAGCGGCUUGCCUCUGGAGUGGUGGAAGCAGAACGAGUUCAGAUUUCAAUCACUUGCUCCACUGGCGAAGAAGUUUCUCUGUCCUCCACCUUCUUCGGUCCCAAGCGAGAGAGUGUUCAGUGAGGUGGAAAUCAUUUAUGAUAAGUGGAGGAGCAGACUGACAGGGGACCAGGCAGACAAGCUCUGCUUUCUGCACUACAACCUAAAACUUCUUAACUGGGAUUAUUGAAGACCCGUGAAAGCUGAUGGUUCCUUUUAACAGGUGGUUCUCAUGUUAUUUGAGACUAGAUUGAUUUGAUGUAUUCAGUUAAAAUUAAAAGUGUACAUUGUUUAUUCAG